GUGAAAAUGUGUGAUUAAAAAUUAAAAAAAUUAAGGAAAAGUGAAAAUUCUAAAACAAAAAAAUUUGAAAUCCUUUGAAUAGUGAAAGAUAAAUAGUUCAAAAUGGAAUUACUUAAUGAAACCGCUGAAAUCGUGAAUAAUGGAAUUUCUCAGUUCACAUUUAAUGCUACCGAUUAUACGGUCUUUGUGUUUAUGUUAUUGAUCUCAUUUGGCAUUGGUGUUUAUUUCGGUUUCUUUGCCAAAGGUGCUGAUACAACCGAUGAAUAUCUAAUGGGUGGGAAACGCAUGAAAACCAUACCUAUUGCUAUAUCACUUGUGGCAAGUCAACUUUCCGGUAUAUCCAUCAUGACGAUACCUUCAGAAAUGUAUUCAUUUGGCAUAAAUUGGUGUUUUAACGUGAUCUCAAUGUUAAUAGUUGUGCCAAUCCUGUGUUAUGUUGUUAUACCAGUUUUUUAUAAUAAUAAUAUAUCGAACUGUUAUGAGUAUCUGGAAAUAAGAUUUAACCGCAAGACGCGCCAAAUUCAAACAAUGGCCUUUAUAGUUACAUUGUUCCUUAUGUUACCAGUUUUUAUUUUUAUACCAGCACUUGCAUUUUCACAAGUUACUGGCAUAAAUAUACAUCUCAUAAAUACAAUCGUCUGUUCAAUAUGUGUAUUUUAUACUAUGUUUGGCGGAAUCAAAGCGGUUGUUUGGACAGAUGUUGUACAAGCAUUUAUAAUGGUCACAUCUGUGGUAUUAGUUGGAAUAUUGGCUACAGUAAAAAUAGGAGGAAUUGGAGAAGUUUACCAUAUCGCUAAAGCCGGUGGCCGCUUAAAUAUCAAUUUAGCAUUCGAUUUAACAACUCGCUCUACACUAUGGAACUGUUUUAUAAGUGGAACACUAAUGUGGGCUUCAUAUGUUGGCCUGAAUCAAAGUUGUGUACAGCGUAUAGUGUCCUUGCCCUCAUUGGGUCAUGCUAAAAGAUCGCUUGUAAUUUUUGGUUUUGGUUUUAUCCUCAUACUUGGAUUUAACACUUACACUGGCAUUGCGAUGUAUUCACGUUAUCAUGACUGUGACCCAAUUCAGGCAGGAUUUGUUCAAAAAACUGAUAAACUAAUGCCGUACUUUGUACAAGAUAUUGUAGGCCAUUUAAAAGGUAUGCCUGGUGUAUUUAUAUCGUGUGUUUUUAGUGCUGCUCUGAGUACAAUGUCGGCCAGUUUAAAUUCCUUAUCUGGUAUAGUCUACUUUGAUUACAUCAAACCAUAUAUUAGACACACAGAGAGUCGUGCAAAUCUUAUCAUGAAAGUAUUUGUCUUCGUAACUGGAAUAUAUUGUAUACUUGGUGGAGCUGUUGUCGAGAAGUUCUCUUCCAUAUUACAAAUGGUUUAUUCUAUUGGAGGUGUUACUUUUGGUUCAGUUUUUGGUGUAUUUAUGUUGGGAAUGUUGGUGCCUAGAGCACAUGGCAGAGCUGCCUUCUGGUCUGUUGUGGCUAGUAUGUUGGCAAUGUUAGUUAUAAUUUUGGGUGCACAAGGUCGCAUACAUUACAAAACGUUACCCCUAACACUUGAUGGUUGCGAAGAAUUGAAUAAGACAAUUGCUUCAACCACCUCCACUUUACUUCACUCCACUCAACAUGGCACAAAUGCUUCAGAAGGCUUUAACAUAUUCGAUCUUUCGUUCAAUUGGUACGUAGUGGUUGGUGCUAUAAUACUUUUUGUGGUAGGCAUACCAUUGAGCUACAUAAUACCACCAGAAAAGGAUGAGAAAUUCAAUCCCAAGCUACUCUCGCCCAUCUUGCAAUACUUUAUGAAAUACGAGCUGACAAAUGUCGAAGAGAUGCCCGAGAUUUUAACAAAAACGAAUUUAAAGCAAUAGAAAUAUUUGAUAGUCACUGGAAAGUUUCAUACUCAUUGUGUUCGAAACAGAUAAGUUUAUUGUACUGUGUACAAGUCAAAGCCGUUAUUGUUACCAUAAGAAUUUUAUUGUAUGUAAAAU